CCGGCCUCCGUCCGCGCCCGCCCGGCGCCUGCGCUGCGCACCACGUGACACGGCCCCUGCCCGCCCCGCGGCGUCCGCCCCGCCCCCGCCUCCGCGAGUGCGGCCUCCGCUUGCGGCAGCACCAGCUGACGGCCGGCCUUGGUGGUCAGGAUGGCGGAAGAUCAGGAGUUCACCCAGCUUUGCAAAUUGCCCUCCCAGCCAGCACACCCACACUGUGUUAACAACACCUACCGCAGCGCACAGCACUCCCAGGCGCUGCUUCGGGGCUUGCUAGCUCUCCGGGAUAGCGGCAUCCUCUUUGAUGUCGUCCUGGUGGUAGAGGGGAGGCACAUUGAGGCCCAUCGAAUUCUGCUGGCUGCAUCCUGCGACUACUUCAGAGGAAUGUUUGCUGGGGGCCUGAAGGAGAUGGAGCAGGAAGAGGUCCUGAUCCAUGGCGUGUCCUACAAUGCCAUGUGCCAAAUUCUGCAUUUCAUAUACACCUCUGAACUAGAGCUCAGCCUCAACAAUGUGCAGGAGACACUGGUUGCUGCCUGCCAGCUUCAGAUACCAGAAAUCAUCCAUUUCUGCUGUGACUUCCUCAUGUCCUGGGUGGAUGAAGAAAACAUCCUUGAUGUGUACCGGUUGGCAGAGCUGUUUGACCUGAGCCGCCUGACCGACCAACUAGACACGUAUAUCCUCAAAAAUUUUGUGGCCUUCUGUCGGACUGACAAAUAUCGCCAACUUCCCCUGGAGAAGGUCUACACCCUCCUCAGCAGCAACCGCCUGGAAGUCUCUUGUGAGACAGAAGUGUACGAGGGUGCCCUGCUCUACCAUUAUUCCCUGGAGCAGGUGCAGGCUGAUGAAAUCUCGCUGCAGGAGCCCCCCAAGCUUCUUGAGACAGUGCGCUUUGCACUGAUGGAAGCUGAGGUCCUCCAGCAGUUGCAUGACAAGCUGGAGCCUAGCCCCCUGAGGGACACAGUGGCCAGUGCCCUUAUGUACCACCAAAAUGAGAGCCUGCAGCCCAACCUUCAGAGCCCACUGACAGAGCUGCGGUCGGACUUCCAUUGUGUCGUGGGCUUUGGAGGCAUUCACUCCACACCGUCCACCGUCCUCAGUGACCAGGCAAAGUACCUGAACCCACUGCUGGGAGAAUGGAAGCACUUCACGGCCUCUCUGGCCCCCCGCAUGUCCAAUCAGGGCAUCGCAGUGCUCAACAACUUCGUGUACCUGAUUGGAGGAGACAACAAUGUCCAGGGCUUCCGUGCUGAGUCCCGAUGCUGGAGGUAUGACCCACGACACAACCGCUGGUUCCAGAUCCAGUCACUGCAGCAGGAACAUGCUGACUUGUGUGUGUGCGUUGUGGGCAGUUACAUCUACGCAGUGGCUGGCCGGGACUACCACAAUGACCUGAAUGCUGUGGAGCGCUACGACCCCGCCACCAACACCUGGACUUACGUGGCUGCACUCAAAAGGGAGGUGUACGCUCACGCGGGAGCCACUCUGGAAGGGAAGAUGUACAUUACCUGUGGCCGCAGAGGGGAAGACUACCUGAGGGAGACACACUGCUAUGACCCAGGCAGCAACACUUGGCAGGCGCUGGCAGAAGGACCUGUGCGGCGGGCCUGGCAUGGCAUGGCUACCCUCCUGAAUAAGCUGUAUGUGAUUGGGGGCAGCAACAAUGAUGCUGGAUACCGGAGGGAUGUGCAUCAGGUGGCCUGCUACAGCUGCACAUCUGGGCAGUGGUCAUCUGUCUGCCCACUCCCAGCAGGGCAUGGUGAACCUGGCAUUGCUGUGCUGGACAACAGGAUCUAUGUGCUAGGCGGCCGCUCACACAAUCGUGGUAGCCGUACAGACUAUGUGCACAUUUACGACGUGGAAAAGGACUGCUGGGAGGAGGGUCCCCAGCUAGACAAUUCUAUCUCAGGCCUAGCAGCGUGUGUGUUAACCCUACCCCGCACCUUGCUCCUUGAGCCAGUCCGUGGGACACCUGACCACAACCAGGCUAACCCAGACUUUGCUUCUGAGGUAAUGAGUGUGUCUGACUGGGAGGAGUUUGACAACUCCAGUGAGGACUAGUCCCAGGCUGAUGUUAGAGGGGUAGGAUGGUGGGAGUUCUUAGGGCAGUGGGCCUCAUAGUGGCCCAAGCCACAACACUUUACCCCAGGGGGCGGGUGACCCUCCUGUCACCCCUGGCUCCGGCUGCUGCCAUCCUGUCUUUACACUAGCCCCUCAUCUGAGCUGCAGCAGGUGUUUUUGCAGAGCUGCAGACCUUUGACUGUGAAUUUCUCUUUAGUGGGAAAUGUUUGGGAAGGGCUCUAGCCCCUGACAAAGUUUACCAGCCCCUUUAUUCAGCUAGGACUGGACACGCCAUUACCAGCUAUUUCGGGCCUUCCUGCUCUCUGGUUCUGAUCCCUGCUUUGCUGAAAAGGUAGCCUUCUCCAGAGGGACCUGGUUCCUUGCAUAUGUAUAGUGUGCACUCCUAAGGACAUAGGCAAAGGGACCAAGGCACAUGAUACCCCCCUACCCCCGCUGCAGGUGGGGAAGGGGUUUGCGUGAUUGAGAGCUGCCAAGGGCCAGAGAGGGUGCAUAGUUAGUUAAAAGUUGCCUCAGACUGGUUCUAGUGAUGAACAUUCCCUACAGCUGGGCUUUUCUGAUCCUUCUUUGUUGUUAUGAAAUAAAUCGUCUUACAAAA